AUGACGACGACAUUCGCGACCCUCCGCGCGCUCCACGCCCUCAUCGGCACCGCCCUCGACGACAUCGAGCGUGUCUACACCGACGCCUCUGCCCCCGGCACACCCUUCUCCCCGUUCUCGCCAUCUGCUGCGUUCUCCCCGUUCUCCCCGACGCCGUUCUCGCCCAACUCGUUCGCGCCGUAUCCCUCCCCCUCUUCGCCCACGUCCUCCCUCACAGAUGAGGAUUUCCUGGCUACCAUGACGUUCCGACCGCGCAGCAGUGCGAGCUCGAGCACGACGAGCACAAGCGCCAGCGAGCGCUCGAGCCCCGUAGCCGACAGCGCGAGCGACGCAGAAGCAGAUGACGACGCUAGCGCUCCAGUGGACGUGCCCAGCACCCCCGGCCGCGUCCGCCCCCCGCCCAUCCUCACGUCGCUCUCUCCGGCCUCGGCGAGGAACGCCGGUUCACGCUUCCGCUCUGGCAGCACCCAUAGCCCCGUCGCCGUGCGCGCCUACCCCAUUACGCCUCGUACACCGCACACGGGCCUCGCCUUCUCCGCGAUCGGGCCCGUCACUCCCCCCGACUCGGCGUCGUUCCUUGACUUUCCAGAUCCAGAUGUGCCAUUUUACAACACACCGGCGAAAGAGGGUGACCAUGAAGUGGAGACCCUGCGGGAGAUGCAGAUGGACUCUAGGGAACGCGCGGAAGCGCUCAUGUCCCACCCCGCGGUCAUCUCGGCAACAAACCGCCUCGUCGCGGCAUGCGGGCAGCUGACUGCCAGCGUACAAAGGCCUUUUUUGACGCUGAGUGACGCGUCCAUGGGAUAUCAUCUUCCAUCGUGCCUGCGGUUCCUUGAGGCGUCACAUGCCGUUGAGAUACUGCGUGAAGCGGGCCCGCGCGGUCUACACGUCCGAGACCUGGCGAAGCAGAUUGACGCUCUACGAAGGCGCAAUUCCGAUACUGGCCCCUCCGCCAAUGAGGGACAAGUCGGCGUGGACACAGCUCAACUGAGCCAUAUACUCCGUCUACUGGCGACACACCACAUAACGCGCGAGGUGCGCCCGGACGUCUUUGCGAAUAAUCGUGUGUCGGCCGCGCUCGACUCAGGGCGGACGUGCGCCGAGCUUCGCGAUACGCCGGAAGGGAAGUACGAAGGGACGAAUGGGAUCGCUGCGUUCAUCGGUCUCUGCACGGACGAGCUCUUCAAGGCGUCUGCAUAUCUCACCGAUGUCUUCCUCCCGGAGCCGCCAGCGUCCAAACCUUCCGCUCCAGCUGCAGGCCAUCCAGACGCCCACCACGAUAAUUUCCCUCCCGCCGGCGAGAUUACCGCCCCGCUGCCCGCAGUGCCAUUCAACCUUGCGUUCAGCACGCCGGCGCCAUUCUUUGAAUGGCUCGAGCGCCAGGACAACGCCGCGCGCCUUCGCCGCUUCGGCGCCGCCAUGACCGGUACUGGCUCAUGGGAGGUACCUGGAGCGGUCCUUACAGGAUUUCCGUGGCAGACGCUCGCGUCGGGCUCGCUCGUUGUAGACGUUGGAGGAGGGAUUGGAUCGACGAGCAUGCUCCUUGCGCGCGCAUUCUCGCAUCUGAAGUUCGUCGUUCAGGAUAGGCCACAAGUCGUGCAGAUGGGAGAGGCGGCAUGGCGGGCACGUUGCCCUGAAUUGCUCGACGGUGGUCGCGCUGCAUUUCAAGCACACGAUUUCUUUACUCCACAACCACCCUUACCACCUAUUAUCGAGAAGUCCAUUGAGCCAGCUGCAUCUCCGCGCACACCAGAAGGCGAGGACGCUCCAGCCGUGUUCCUACUGCGUGUGAUCACGCACGAUUGGCCAGAUGAACUAGUCACCAGAAUCCUGCUCCACCUUCGCCGCGCUGCUGGCCCUUAUACCAGGUUACUACUCGCCGACUACGUGCUGCCCCUCGCUUGUAUCGACGAGGACGACGAGGCUGAUGUGAACAGUGAACCGCGUGAGGAUCUGCCACCCGGCUCAGUGCGCACGCUCGCCCCUGAGGGUUCGCCUCUUCUUGCGAACCUUGGCAAGGCAAAUGCCAACGCGUACUGGCUCGACUUGACGAUGCGAGCGACGUUCAACGCGCAGGAACGCACUCUGCGCGAGAUAGCGGCGCUUACACUCACCGCCGGUUGGCGCGUUGUGCAGGUGACGCGUGCGGAGGGUUCCGUCUUCGGGCACAUAAUCGCUGUCCCGGUUGACAUAUCUCCCGCGGCACUCGUACUCCUCGAUACGCCCCUCCCCGGCGUGGCAGACGGGUCAUCGCAAGAGAAUACACAGGAGAUGGCGCGUUCGCUUGGCAAAGCGCGCGAGACGUUCGGCUCGUACGUCUCCUUGCAUUCCGAGGAUGUCCUGCGCAUGAAGCGUCGGGGCGUGCCUACGACCGGCGGGCGCCGCGCGAACGCCAGCGGGGCAGGCGGAGCUUCCGCAGGGGGAGGAAGGACGUUGCGCAAGCGGCGGUCGACGCUCGUCGGGAGAGACCCGCGUGUGCAACCACAGACGCAGGCAGGCGGCCAGUCCUUGCUGCCUGCGGCGGAGAUUGGGCCUGCGGGUGGGCCUGCUACGCGCGGCCUGCGGAGUAUGAAGUCGAGGGGAGUUCUGAGGGAGAGGCGGGCACGGUGA